GAGAGCUACCGCCGCGGGAAGGACACGCGGAGCUGGGACUUGGGGACUUGAUUGUUGUGGUUGUUCUUCUUGGGGAGGGGGCUGUGAAAUUCAGUUUAUUAUUUUUUUCCGGAGAGAAAGUUUUUGGAAGGAUUCUUCUAGAUAAUUCUACAUUUUAUUUUGGAGGACCGACUUAACUUUUUUCGUCUUCUUUAUUACUCCCCUCCCCCGUGGGACCUGCCGGACGCGUGGAGGAGACCGCACCCGAAGCAGAUUCUGUACAACAGGACAGCGCUUUCCGCCUCUUGGGGAGCGAUCCCCCCGCACCCCUGGGACCUACGGAGCCUGGACUUUCAGGAGGCACAGCGGCAUCUUGUGGGAGCCUGGGCACCGCAGAGGAAUUGCACAGAAACUUUGCCACAACUGUUGGAGCGGGACGCUGCCCCCACCCCGAGUUUCCCCAGACAGCGCCCUUUGGGGACGCGCUUGGCUCACCCCGGACUCGCACCUUUCUUCUCCCACCCGGCCAUAGCCUUGGCUUCCCGACGACCUCAGCGUGGUCACAGGGGCCCCCCUGUGCCCAGGGAAAUGUUUCAAGCUUUCCCCGGAGACUACGACUCCGGCUCCCGGUGCAGCUCCUCACCCUCCGCCGAGUCUCAGUAUCUCUCUUCAGUGGACUCCUUCGGCAGUCCACCCACCGCCGCCGCCUCUCAGGAGUGCGCCGGUCUCGGGGAAAUGCCCGGUUCCUUCGUGCCCACGGUCACCGCGAUCACAACCAGCCAGGACCUCCAGUGGCUUGUGCAACCCACCAUCAUCUCUUCCAUGGCCCAGUCCCAGGGGCAGCCGCUGGCCUCCCAGCCCCCGGCCGUCGACCCCUACGAUAUGCCAGGAACCAGUUACUCCACGCCGGGCAUGAGUAGCUACAGCGGUGGCGGAGCUAGUGGCAGUGGAGGGCCUUCCACCAGCGGAACCACCAGUGGACCUGGGCCUUCCCGCCCUGCCCGAGCCCGGCCUAGGAGACCCCGAGAGGAGACGCUUACCCCGGAGGAGGAGGAGAAACGAAGAGUUCGCCGGGAGCGGAACAAGCUGGCAGCAGCUAAGUGCAGGAACCGUCGAAGGGAGCUGACUGACCGACUCCAGGCGGAGACAGAUCAGUUGGAGGAAGAAAAGGCAGAGCUGGAGUCGGAGAUCGCCGAGCUCCAAAAGGAGAAGGAGCGUCUGGAGUUUGUGCUGGUGGCCCACAAACCGGGCUGCAAGAUCCCCUACGAAGAGGGGCCCGGGCCGGGCCCGCUGGCGGAGGUGAGAGAUUUGCCGGGGUCAGCAUCCGCUAAGGAAGAUGGUUUCAGCUGGCUGCUGCCGCCCCCGCCACCACCGCCCCUGCCCUUCCAGACCAGCCAAGACGCACCCCCCAACCUGACAGCUUCUCUCUUUACACACAGUGAAGUUCAAGUCCUCGGCGACCCUUUCCCCGUUGUUAACCCUUCGUACACUUCCUCGUUUGUCCUCACCUGCCCGGAGGCCUCCGCGUUCGCCGGCGCCCAACGCACCAGCGGCAGCGACCAGCCUUCCGACCCCCUGAACUCGCCCUCCCUUCUUGCUCUGUGAACUCUUUAGACACAAAACUAACAAACACACAAAGGAGAGCGAUUUGGAAGAGAAGGAGGAGAGAGGGGAAGAGACAAAGCGGGCGUGUGGCCUCCUUGCCUCUCCUGUCUGACUCUGUGCCGCCGCUGCCAUCGGACAGGAGCACCUCCUUGUGUUCUGUGCCGCCUCUUGUUUCUGUGGCCCGGCGAGGCCCGAGAGCUGGUGACUUUGGGGGCAGGGGGUGGGGAGGGGAUGGACACCCCCCGGCCGCCUGUUGGCUGUCUCAUUUCAACCCAACCUCUGGGGAUGGGUGGGUGGGGGGUGAUGCCCACCUUUGGGCGGGAGGGAAAGGGGUGCUGGCGGCUGGCUAGGGGGUGGGCUGGAGUUCUCUCCAGAGAGGCCCAACAAGGAAAUGCCACAGAGCCCCCGUAAUGUCCCCGACACCCACCCUUCAGCUGGGUGACUAAGCUGGUUCUCCCUGCUCCCCCGAUCUUAGCUUAUUUAACGUUUCCUUGUGGUUAGAGCCUCCUCUGAAUUGAGCCCCCCUUGAAAGGGAAGUUGAUGCCCCCCAUGAUAAUCUCCAUCCCCCCCCCCCAGACUUAGUCUGAAAUGUGAACCUCCCUCCCUGACUCUCCAGCCACCCCUUCCCCGCAAAACUGGCUCUGAUUUGAAUUUCUCGCCUCCUAAGGAUGCCCCCACGUUCAGCCCUCCUUCCUGAUGACAGUAUUAUUCCCGGCCUCCCUCCCCUCCGGGCCUUCCUUGUUGGGCCUCUCUGAUCCAGGCAGCAGGGGGCGCUGUGAGGCCUGUCCUGCUGGAGUGUCUUAUACUGUGAAAUGAGUUGGCCGGAUUGGGAGGGGGGAGCCCGGCGGGACAGACCCCUUGCGGAGGGAUUGUGCCCCCCACUCCCCAAAGCCUUUCCUUGGUCUCCCGUCCCCCAUCUGCCUCCUUCCUCCCCUUCAACGGUGAGUUAGACUCCAGGGGGUGACAGAAUCGAGAGGUGGGUGACAGUUAUCCAUCCACGUGGCCUCUCUCCUCAGGACCCCCAGCCCCCAGCCCUGGCCUUUUUUCUUUAAGGCCUGUCACCUUACCCCAGCCUAGGACGCCGGCUUCUCCCUCCCCCUGGCACCUCCACACCCUUUCUAGAAAGGGAGCAAUGGGAGAUCGCCAGGGGCCUGACAGUUUUGGGGAGAAGAUAUAAAGGCUGAGGCUUUGCCCCCCGCCCCCCAAUAUUUUUGGACUGGCAAACUCGAAGGGGCUGGGCUCCCACGGUCCCAGCUUCCCCUCCUCCGUCCCCCCAGCCCCGAAUCUUGGUUUGGAUUCCCCCACCUCGCCUUUCCUUGUGCUUCACCUCGUGAGAAUUUCAUCAUGAGGCAAAUUGGUAUUUUUUAACAUCGGAUGGGCCCGCCGCCCUCCGUGUGCAUGGAAGACAUUCCACGUGCUCCGUCCCGCGCCUCCCGCCCUGGUCCCAGACCCCAGACCCGUCCCCUAGCUAUUUAUCCCUUUCUCGGUUUCCGAAAGGCACUUAUAUCUAUUAUGUAUAAAUAAAUAUAUUAUAUAUGGG